AUGCUCACUUGCCCUGGCCCCCUCUCCCCUUGCCCCCCCGACACCCUCUCCCUUUGCUACCCCGGCCCCAUCUCCCCGCGUGCUGCCUUGGCUAAGCUGCCUCACAACUGCCUCACAAGCACACCUCGCCUGCGUCCCUCUCCUUUCCCCCACCGCUUCCCAUCCCACUCAAACCCUCUCGCUCCCGCACUGCCGUUACUGGUACCUGUUAUCGCCCCUUCCUCUCUACUCCCACCCUUCCCUCCUUUUCCCCCACUCCCAAGCAGCUCAUCUGUAAAGCCCCUUCCUUCUCCGGACCCCCGCCUAUCCCCCUCCAUAGCACCCCAUUUGCCUCUCAUCUGCACGCUACUACUCCUGCUGAACGGUAAUUCAUUACCUACACGCCAUCCCUCUGCCCUUUUCCGCCACAGACCCCACAAAUCAUAUCUGUCAACCUUCUCACCCCCCACGCCCCAUGAACCUCUCCCUUCCCCCUCCUUCCCCUCCUUCCCCUCCUGCCCCUCCUGCCCUUCCCGCCGCUCCUGCCCCUCCUGCCCCUCCUGCUCCCCUCCCUCAUCCCCCUCUGCAACUCCCCCUUCCACUUCCCCUGUGCCACGUGUCAAGGGACAGCUAAGCACGUCAGGAAGCAUGCCAGCUGGCACAGACACGACAGUGAAGGAUACUGUGGCGCAGAGAGCAGCAGAGAGAGAGGCAACCUCGAGGCCAAAGGAGAGAGAGAAGGAGGAGGAGGAGGAGGACUGGGAGGGCGAGGAGGAGAAGGAGGAGGAGGAGGAGGACUGGGAGGGCGAGGAGGAGGAGGAGGAGGAGGAGGAGGAGGAGGAGGAGGAGGAGGAGGAGGAGGAGGAGGAGGAGGAGGAGGGGGAGGAGGAAGUGGUGGGGAAAGAGGAGGAAGAGGAGGAGGGCACGGAGGAGGAGGAGGAAGAGGAGGGGUCCGCGGACGCAGGCGCACAUGGCAUAUGCACAGAGCUUGGAGGGUCUAAAUGA